ACUCUGACUUCACCCUAGCCCAAUUCCUCCACCUCCAGCUUCUGCCAGUUAUGGAGUUGUGUCAACGAAACCGAAUUUGAACGCCAUCCCUGUUUCUUCAGCUAACAGGACUCAGCUGACAGAAUCUCACAACCCUACCACUCUCCUGAGUUCCACGGAAUUCUGUGAGCUCCAGACUGUUACGUCAUCCUGCAGUCACCAGUCCAGUUCAAGCUUUCAGCCCUGUCACACCUCCAGCCAGCACCCUACCAGAGGAAGUUUUCUCCCCUCCGCUUAAGCCAGGCUGAAAACUCCGAACUGAUUGGCUAGAGCCCACGUCCCUCACCAGCACCUCCUUGGAGUGACUUAAAUCCCACCCCAAGACAGGGCAAGGAUUGGUCCUGGCGGCACCACUAGAGCUUUGAUUGGUCCUCACUGAGACCCUCCCACCUGCCCACGUGGCCUUCCUGAGCCCAGCGUGGCUUGGGAGGGACCUGGCCAUGGCCGGGUCCGGCAAGGUGGAGCUGGCCGAAGCUCUGGCGCUGGGGCCCGGCUGGCGGCAUGCGUGCCACGCCAUGCUCUACGCACCAAACCCGGCCAUGCUCUUCGGCCGCAUCCCGCUGCGCUACGCCGUGCUGAUGCAGAUGCGCUUCGACGGGCGCCUGGGCUUCCCGGGCGGCUUCGUGGACUCGCGGGACGGCUGCCUGGAGGACGGGCUGAACCGGAAGCUGCGCGAGGAGCUGGGCGAGGCGGCGUCGGCCUUCCGCGUGGAGCGCGCUGACUACCGCAGCUCGCACGCCGCGGCCGGGCAGCGCGUCGUGGCGCACUUCUACGCCAAGCGGCUGGAGCUGGAGCAGCUGGUGGCCGUGGAGGCCGGCGCCCCGCAGGCCAAGGACCAUGGGCUGGAGGUGCUGGGCCUGGUGCGGGUGCCCCUGUACACCCUGCGUGAUGGUGUGGGAGGCCUGCCCGCCUUCCUGAAGAAUUCCUUUAUUGGCACUGCCCGGGAGCAGCUACAGGAAGCCCUGCAGGACUUGGGACUGCUGGAAUCUGGCUCUGGCCGUAAGACUUCAGCCCAUAGACCUCAGUAGACACCACCCUCCCUGGAAGCCUGGAACCGGAGGGCUGUCGUCUUUGGGGCCCCUUAGACCCUGGAAGAUCAGAAGGGGAACUGACCCAGCUCCUGUCUAGCCCUGCCCUGCCCCAAAGAACCUCCCAGGAUAGGAAGACUUAUCACUGGACCUGUAGGCACUUAGUUCUUGGAACAGACUGGUGUUAUGUACCUACUAAAUGCCGGGUGCUCUGAAAUGCAUGGAGAACCAUAGGCAAUCCACAGCUCCACAGCAGGUGUUGGCAUUCUUAAAGGACUAGACAGAAAAUAGUUUAGGCUUUAUUGGCCACAUGAAUUGUGGUAACUGCUAACACUGUUGUGUCAAAUGUAUGUGGAUACUGCAUAAACAUAGCGUGGCGGUGUUCCAAUAAUACUUUAUUGUAAGAAGAAGGUAGGCAGCCUCUUGGUCAUAUUUUGCUGACUGCUUGCCAAAGAAGAUAAUAUGAAUAAUUUAAUUGAUUGCUAUUACUUGUUGUCAAGAAGGAAAUAAACAAGGAACUGAUAUAGUCCUGUCUUAA